CAGAUUUUUGGUGUUUAUUCUGAUGGUUACAAUUCUUAUGUGAAGUGCUAUAAAGAGUGUAGUGUGCUGUUUGAGUGCCCAUGGUUCUACAAAAAGACACUUAUAAUCAAAUUGACAAUCAAAAUUCUUAAUUUUGACCAAUGAGAAAUAACUGUUUCGACUAUUUAAGAUGUUGUAGUCUAAUUGGUUGUACCUCAAAAAAAUCAUUUAAUAAAACUGUAAUAUCGUUAAUACUUAUAUGGGCAUUUGCAGCAAGUUACUCUGUUAGAAAACUGAACUAGUCCUGUGACUACUGUAUCACGUUAGGAACAAACUUUAGCCUACCUAACUGAAAUAAGAGCAGUUGUUUGAAUAUAAAUCAAAUUCAGUAUGCAGUACUAAAAUAUAUGGCAAAUACUGUCUUUCCGGGUUCUUUGUGCUGCCAUCAAAGGCAUAAUUUUCGCCAUCUGAAGCAGGAUUACAGAAUCUUCAGAAUGUCUUCUACAUCGUGUUUUAAUCUACUAUCUUUAUGGAUUGGAUCGAAAUUAAUCUGGGUUAACACAGGUUUUAAAAUUCAGUUGAAAAUAUAAUAAAAGAGUAUAAGUAUUACUGGUAGCUCAGCCGUCUGCAUAACUGUGGCACAAGGGAUCAUAGGUUUGAGGCCAGGUGAUGGCUACUGCCCUUAAACAAGGGUCUUCUCACUAAGUUGCUUCCAAGUUGCCUUUCCCGAAUUAGAUAGAUGCAAGGGUAGCAUAUAUGUUACAUAUACAAAAUGUAAGUAUACUAACAUUUUAACUCGGCAUAAACCAUUAAACAAAAGCUAUUUAUACUUAUUAAUAGGUAUUUAAAAGUACAAUAGUCCCUCUCGUGGGAUCGUCGACCGUUUGUUGUCUUGCAAAAUAUUUUCGCUUUCACUUUCAGUAGAAUUCGGGAAAAGCAAAACUUGUUGUCUACGAGAUUUUUAAAUGUCAGAAAUGAAUUGAUAUUAAAUGCUUAUACACUAGGUGUCGUGGUUAAGCUUUAACGUCCGUUAAUACGGGUUUAUAUAAUAAUGGUGCCCGCAGCGUAGUAUUGACCAAUAUUGUUGAGGUAAGUUGUACUACUCUUUUUACUCUAGGUAUUAGUUCAAUAGAAUGUAAAACAUCUUAUUAUGUCUUAUGUAUGGAAGAACGUAACAGAAGAUUUCAGCUUUUUAAGAUCAUCAAAUAUGGGUUUGACAAAAGAAAUUUAUGAACAUAUACUUAUCUUAAAUUAGAUAGCCCAGAUUGUUAUUAAUCACUUGCUAUUAAUAACAAACGGGAGUUAAAAAUCGCAGCAGUCUGUCUAUUUGUCUGGUUAAACACUGUACCCAGCAGUGUUCAGACUGUGGAAUAUUAUGUAACCUGUGCUGGUGACCCGCCACUAUGCGUCCUCCACUGACAUGUUCUGAGUGUACUAUAUGCAGCAGGGUCACUUGAUAGCAACGAUGAUGCACCAAAUAGAUCAAGACCGUCGCUCGCCGGUGGUGCUGCAAACAAAUAAGGAAAGGUUAGAGACAUUUUAGACCCUUGCGACGUUACGUCUGCAUCGUUGUAAGUGCUCGUGGCCAAUGAGAUAUAUCGUGGCUUAGUGCGCAAACCAACGAGGGUUGUCCGUAGGGGAGUUCCACAGUGAUCACACAUCACUGGAAUAUAUAAACUGUCGAUUGGUGUGUAGUAGGGUUUGACGGCGGACAACACUACCAUCGUAGUAAAUAACCCUUUUUUUCUUAUCGAAAAAAUAUAUAUUUACAUUUACAUUGAUGAAUCUGUUUAAACUAAGUUGUCGUUCUGGCAACUUGGUAAAUGACUGUAGCCAACGAUAUUUGUCAGGAUAUACAAAAUAUAGCAAACUAUUGUGCAACAGUAAUUUAGGCUAUCUACAGUAUCUACUGAAACAUUUUUGAUGUUUCAUGGUUAUACUUUCAGACUGCACUGAAAGCCAGACUGUGUAUUUACCAAAAAGAUCUGAAUUUCACACAAAACUUUAUUACAGAAAAACAGUGGAAUUUAGAGAAGACCGACAGAAAAAAUAACAAUGCCUUUGGAUCUGGGAAUGUAUGAAAGUAAUACGGAUUAUAAAUCUGAAAAGCAAUGCCAAAGAACCUCCUUUGCGUUCUACCAGGCUGUGCGUGACUUGUUACCGGUGUGGAUCCUAGAGGACAUGAGGACAAUGGAGGUGUUCCAUUGGGAAGACGACGGGCGGGCGUGUGCGUUCUCUCCGUCGGAAGCACUGCUGUACGCGUUGGUCCAUGACCACCAGCAGUACGCGCGAUACCUGCUCAACAGAUUCUCUGUUCGCGCGUUGGAGAUGCCGAGCAGAAGUUUUUGUUGCUGUCAGGCAUCCACAACACCACACCUUACAAUUGCCAUCCGCUACAAUCGGACACAUAUCCUGAAAAUGAUCAUGGACUCCGUGAAAGACUUCACAGACAACGAUAAAUACUUGUACAUAAAUCGCCAAGGAUGCGUCCACACUGACGGCAGCAAGACCGCGUUGCAUCUCGCGUGUGAUUUGGUUCGCCCAGAGUGUUUGAUAUUGUUGCUAGGACAUGGAGCGUGCCCUUACGUGACAGACGGGGCUGGAAACACCCCUUUGGACUGUCUCCUAAACCAGAUCGGCCAGAGCGACUUUGACACGCGGACCAAACACGUCUGUCUCGGCUACCUCAUUUUAUUCAUGCCGACAUUUCGCUUCCAAAUGAAGAGGCAACUCCAGGACGACGCCGUACUCUGGAAGCGCCUUAUUGGGGAGCAAGCGUUCCAGUGGCUCUCCGGGCAAACUCCUCAAUCUCUUUUUGUUAAGUCGAUGCAGAAACUGAUUCAGUCCAUUUCCAAUGAACAACUGGACUCUCUACCUGACUUCCUCAGACCACCCGACUUUAGACUACACUAAGCUUAAGUGCAAAUUGGACAAUUGAUGCGCACUGCUUGACAGAUGAAAAUUAAAGACUGCUAGCAUACAGGAGAAAAGCACUGUAAAAAGGCCUGAUUCUUUAUGUUUUAUAAUAGAAUAUCACCAAUGCCAUGAAAUGUCUGAAAGUUUUGAAAUGUCUUAAAAUAUCAGAUUGAAAUGAUUAAAAUUAUAUUUUUUUUUCCAAAAAGUUAUUUUUGAAUGCUCA